GGGUUCUUGUAAUCAAAGAAAUUGAAAGUAAAUUAUAAGAAAGGUGGGAUGAUUUAUAAUCCAGGGUUACUAAGAAGAGAGGUGAUGGAAAUAAGGGCACGAGUGAAUGGAUUCACUUCCUACAGUAAAAGUAAUAUUCCAUCACCGAGCUGGCGAAAAAAGGCAGGUGGGUGGAAGUAUGUGGGUUUAAGUUGCUUGUUGGGAGGGACUUGGGGGGAUUUCAUGGCAUUCAUGUCUUAGGAAGUGGUAAAAUCGUUUAAUGAGUGUGGUGGGAGGUGGUAGAGAUCGGCAGAGGCAAAGAGGAACAAAAAAGAAUUUGGUUGCUGUUUAGGUGAAGCUGGAAACCAUCAAUCCAAUCUUUAGUGGUGCAGUCUGUAUUGUUUUGUGAUUUAUCUCUGACAGCAUUUUUAUUAUUUGCAUAAAGGAAUAGAGAAGCAGGACUGCAGUAGUUACUGAGCAGUUGAAACAGAAGUUAUUGAGCAGUUGAAGCAGAUGGAUUUUAUUAAAGUCUAUUGGUCAUCUAUUAAGGUGAUAAUUUAUAAUUUGCCUAAUUUUAACUAUAUAUUUGGUGUUUAAGUAUAUUUUUAGUAAUGUAUUUCUUUAUAGGAGGCCAUCAUUAUAACUUUGGAAUAGAGUCUACUUGGUGUGUUCAUUCCAUGUAUUGCUCAAUUCUAUUUACAAAUAUUUUCUUUGCCAUUUGUAUCAAACUUCAUACCAUAUAAAUUACAAAAAAUAAAGUCUAUGACUAUUUCAUUAAUGAAAAUGAUGGAAAGAUAUACUUAGUCAGUGAGGCAUUUACAAUGCUUCCCUAUUUUCAGAUUUGGAGAUAAAUUAGGGUCAGUGGAACAGGAAUUCAGUGUCUAAGAACAUAUAAUAUCAAGGGGGCAGAAUUAAAUUCAAGCAGAAAAUGACCCUCUUCAUUUCAGAGUACAUCUUUUGGGGGACUGUUUUGGGGAGCAAGGGCAAAAGCCAAAUUGAACAGGAUUAAUAAUGAAUAUAUGAAAGAACUAGAAGCUACUAUUGCAGGCUACUAUUUUGAUAACUUGGCCAAAGAAAAUAAAGACAGACAGAAGAAGGGAUAGAAGCCUGAGGAAAGCAUGAUCUGAGGAGGGAUAUUUUAACAUUAGUGAAGCUCUGUACAUACCUGUCUUCCUUACUAGAUUUGUAUCCCUAGAACCUAGAACAGUGUCUUCCAAAGAGCAGACACUCAAUACAAAUUGUUUAUUGACUUGCUGUAAAAAUUGUAACCGAGUAUAAACAAUAUCCCAGAAGUUGGAGACAAUGGGGAUAAGAAAAUGGGGGUUAACUUGGAAAGAGAAGACACCCCAUUCUCUGACAGAAAUGAAGAUGAUGAUUACAUAGCACCAUCACUACCACCCGAGUCCUUUGAGAAUACUAAGGUUAAAUUCCAAUUAUCAUAACAUUUUCUAAAGAAAUAAACACGGUUUACAUAUUUUGAUAACAAAACUCUUUCAGUCUUUCAAUUUUCUAAAAUGCAACCAACAGCAACAUGAAAGGAGGGCACGACCAAUUCUUAGGGAAAAAUCAGAGCUAAUCCAGAUUGUGAAGCGUCCAGGUCCCUUGCUUCUCAUUUCCUCUCUGCUGUCUCUCUGACAACAGACUAGGACGAGAUGGAAAACAAAACAAAUUACCAAAGUGUGCUAGACUUUAGUAGCUCUGGUAAAUGGAUUUAGGGCUAUGCUAGGAUAACUGUUAAGACGGACUCGUCAGCAAAACAUUUUACUUAUUUGUGCAAUUUCUUUCUCCAAGUAGCAUGAUUAGCCAGGAAGUGGUUAAUACGUAAGCAAAGAACAUAAAGGCAUAAUUCCAGAAGGCAGAAAAAAAAAAUCCCCAUAGAAUACACAGUUGAUGUAUUUUACAAUUCACAAAAAUUUUACAAGGAAGUCCAAGAAUGAGAGUGGGAUAACAAGGUGGUGGGGGAAGCGGCUAUGGAAUCAGGAGAAAAAUGAUAUAAUUUCAGGUCUAAGGAGAGCAACAUUUGUUAAAGCAAAUAUUCGCACUAAGAUGACUUGCUAAUUUCGAUCACCUUGCGUCAGUGGUAAUGGGAAACCUAACGGGAACAAAGAUGGGCCCCGCUUCUAACUCCGCUACCUGGGCAGCCACAGACUGGGAAGGAUACAGUUCUUUCCACAGAGAGCUGACUGAUAUUUGAAGAAGUGUUUUCAUUUAUCCAAGAAAAGUAUGAUGUCUCCACCCCAAGCCUUACUCUUGUUCUUAAAUGUAUAUAUUUUUAUUUGUGGAGAAGCUAUACAAAGUAACUGUGCGCAUCAUUCUACGGACUCUCCAGCUGUUAACAUUGUAGAAGAUGAACCUAAUGUGAAAAAUGAAAGUAAAAGUAAUGAUACUGUUUAUAAGGAAGACUGUGAGAUAUCAUGUGAUGUUAAAACCAAAAUUACACGAGAAGAAAAACAUUUCAUGUGUAGAAAUUUGCAAAAUUCUAUUGUUUCCUACACACGAAGUACCAAAAAACUACUAAGAAAUAUGAUGGAUGAACAACAAGCUUCCUUGGAUUAUUUAUCUAAUCAGGUUAAUGAGCUCAUGAAUCGAGUUCUCCUUCUGACUUCAGAAGUUUUUAGAAAACAGCUGGAUCCCUUUCCUCACAGACCAGUUCAGUCACAUGGUUUAGAUUGCACUGAUAUUAAAGAUACCAUUGGUUCUGUCACCAAAACACCAAGUGGUUUAUAUAUAAUCCACCCAGAAGGAUCUAGUUACCCAUUUGAGGUAAUGUGCGACAUGGAUUACAGAGGAGGCGGAUGGACUGUGAUACAGAAAAGGAUUGAUGGGAUAAUUGAUUUCCAAAGGUUGUGGUGUGAUUAUCUGGAUGGAUUUGGCGACCUUCUAGGAGAAUUUUGGCUAGGACUAAAAAAGAUUUUUUACAUAGUAAAUCAGAAAAACACCAGUUUUAUGCUGUAUGUGGUUUUGAAAUCUGAAGAUGACACAUUUGCUUAUGCAUCAUAUGAUAAUUUUUGGCUAGAAGAUGAAACAAGAUUUUUUAAAAUGCACUUAGGACGGUAUUCAGGAAAUGCUGGUGAUGCAUUCCGGGGCCUCAGAAAAGAAGAUAAUCAAAAUGCAAUGCCUUUCAGCACAUUGGAUGUUGAUAAUGACGGAUGUCACCCUGCAUGCCUGGUCAAUGGUCACUCCACGAAGAGCUGCAGUCACCUCAAUAACAACACUGGCUGGUGGUUCAACCAGUGCGGUCUAGCAAAUCUAAAUGGCAUUCAUCACUUCCAUGGAAAAUUGCUUACAACUGGAAUUCAAUGGGGCACAUGGACCAAAACCAACUCACCUGUCAAGAUUAAAUCUGUUUCAAUGAAAAUUAGAAGAAUUUAUAAUCCAUAUUUUAAAUAAUCUAAUUUUAAAUUGUAAUGAAAUUUCCACAAUUAUUUUUGAUAAUAUAUUGAAGGUUUUAUGUAGUUUGUCUUUCUAUUUAGUGUUUCAAACAUUUAGCUAAAGUUUAAAUAUAGAUGGCAUUUAGAUGUUAUGGGUUUAAUUAGCAAACUUCAAUUUUGUAGCAUUUUAUAAAAGAAAAUAUGACUUGUUCCUUUUUACUACUAACUAUAUUAACAAUAUAUAUAAAAAAUUUGUCUUAAGUGAAUUAUAACUUGUCUUCCUGAAAUGUAUAGUGAUUUCACAGGAUUUUACCUUAUCUUUGAGACAUAUAAACCAUAGUAAGUUGUCAGGAAAAUUGAGGAGAGUAUUUUAUUUAUUUCUAUAUUUACUUUAUAUGACUAAUUAUAUAAUCUAUAGAUAAUUUCUGUUGAAGACAAUUACAAGAAAUAACUCUUAUACAGAUUAAUAUAUAAACUACACAGUGUUUAAAAAGUUUGCUAUUUCUAUGUGAUGCUACAAUAUUAUAUAGGAAAUAAGACUUGGCUGCCAAAAUAAAGUUUUUCCUGUUUUCAUAUUUUAUCAUGGUUAAUAGUUUUGUUCUCAUUUGUAAUAAAUUUACUGUACAUUUAUAUCUUGA